GAACCGCAGUACCAUAGUAUUGUGAAAAUAAGGAAUUAUCAUUGUUACUUGUUUUGAUUAUACGUGGUUUCCAUGGACUCCGAUGGUGUGAUUACCAAUUUUCAGUGCCUCUGUUGCGUGAGUCGCUACAGCUUCCUUUGCUCUUUCAAUUAAUGCAGUCUAGAGACGGUAAGUGCCAUGAGCGCUGGUCAUUCAUUACUCAACUCGGAAACCAACUCCGGCUCCGACUGAGCUUGGAUCGCAUGCAGCACAAAAUGGUGGACACUAAUUCUGUCCUCUGCUUCUCACACAGCCUGCCUUUCAUCGCCUCCCGAGUCAUGGGAGUCCGCGCAAGCACCACCUCAGCCAUCACGCCUUUUCCGACGUCUCACCUGCAUCAAUACCAAGCUUUGUCAUUUUGCGAGGAUCGCUGGUCAGAAUUUUUUCCAGCCAGUGGACUCGGGCAGAUCAACCGAGCAGUCAUGUUGAGUUCUUUUUCCCGAAAAUACGGAAUGAUUUUUGACACGACAUUGGUUUGUUGUCACCAGGCAGAAGUAUACUUUACCUCCAGCCAGCCAGCUAGCCAGCUAGUCUCGUCUUACGGCUAUGCAAUGUGCCGUACAGCCACCGCUCCGGAUCUCCACAUUAGUCAACGCUUCUAAUGCGCAUCUUCCGACCUCCGAUGGAGUCUUGAAAAGAGCGCAGGCGCGAAUGACGCGUUACUUGUUUCGCAUCGCACACAAUUUGGUAUAUCAAGUGGCGAGAUUAU